UAUACAAAACUAAUAAUAAAAUAAAAAUUGUAUUUGUUUGAUAAAUGUUGCAUUCCAGAAAAUGAAAGAAACAAAUGGGAGUAAGAUUACAGAAACAAGAAAACAGGUGGAUGAGGUAACUGAUGUUAUGCGCACCAAUAUGACACGAAUCCUAGAAAGGGAAGGAAAACUGGGAGAGCUAGAACUUAGGGCUGAUCAGUUACAAACAGAUUCUCAACAAUUUCAGCAAACUGGAGUUAAACUAAAACGGCAGUUCUACUGGGAAAACAUGAAAAUGAAAAUAUUGAUCGGAAGCUGUGUGGUUCUUGUAAUUAUUAUCAUUAUUGCUAGUGUGGCAUCAAGUUUUUCCACAUCAGACUAGUGCCACAUCAAGAAUAUUGUGUUCUUGUAAUUAUUAUAAUUAUUGCCAGUGUGGCAUCAAGUUUUUCAACAUCAGACUAGUGCCACAUCAAGAAUAUUGUGUUCUUAUAAAUCAGAAUCAUUAUUGCCACUGUAUAGCAUUUUUUUCAAGACCAGGUACUUGUGCCAGCGCAUAAAUAAUGCUAUGUUUUUAUAAAAUAUGAUCAUUUUUGCUAGUGUUACAUCAAGUUUUUCCAUAUUGGACUAUAGCACUAGCAUCAAUAAUACUACAGUGAAACCCUUAAUAACGAAUACAUCGAAAGAAUUCAUCAAAUGUUGUAUUUUUCACUUUCUGAUAAU